AACAAGUUGGCCUCCAAGAUGAUGCUCUAACAUUCGAUUCCUCCCUCGACAUUUCACUGUGUUCUCUCUCUCUCUCUCUUCCCCCCUACGAUAACAUACCAUGAAUUUGAAAAAGCAACAUCCUUAUCGAAUAGCCGUCCUUGAAUGCGACACACCGUUGCCCAAAACCAAGGCCAAGUUUCAAGGGUAUGGUGGCGUAUUCGAGUUCUUGCUUCGAGCCGGCGCAAAGGCCUUGGGUCGACCAGAUUUAGAUCCCGAGACGGGAUUCGAGGUGUCGAAAUGGCAAGUCGAGUUGGAACCUGACAAGUAUCCCAACCCUGAUACGAUUGAUGCCAUUCUCAUCACCGGCUCGAAACAUGACUCCUUCGCCGAUACCCCAUGGAUCAACAAACUAGUCGAAUACACCGCAAUGAUCUUGUCAGAAACAAAGGUUCGAGUGAUUGGUGUCUGCUUCGGUCAUCAGAUCGUGGGGAGGGCAUUGAAGGCCGGAGUCGGGAGGAAUCCUUUAGGUUGGGAGGCCGCGGUGAACGAGGUCGAUUUGUCACCGAGAGGAAAAGAACUUUUCGGUACCGAGAAAUUGCGUAUACACCAGAUGCACCGUGACUGUGUCUUUUUCUAUCCAGAGGGCGUCGAGGAGCUGGGAUCUUCGCCCGUCUGCAAAGUACAGGGCAUGUAUUCACCUAAACGACUGCUGACCGUCCAAGGUCAUCCUGAGUUUAACAAGGAAAUCAUGGACGAAAUCGUCAAUACCCGACACGCCACCGGCAUCUUUGAUGACGAGGCGUACAAUGAACACAUGAAGAAGGUGGAUUUGCCGCACGAUGGUUUGAUUGUGAGCCAGGCAUUUUGGAAAUUCUUACUUGAGAAAUAGGAUACAUAGGAUCGGAGUUUCAAGGACGCAAGAGGGAAUAGCCGGUAAAGGUUUAUUUUCAAACUGCUCGUGUGAGAAGAACCUGAUAGAUUGGCGGCGCUAUGUUACAAGGUCAUGAAUGCUUUGCCAACCACUACAGAUUCGAGGUGUCGUCCUGGUCUUUACACUCGCGACAUCGUUUAUGACACCAUUCUAUCUGCAUCAGCUGCACCGGCUGGUAUGCGACCUUCGGCGAGAUCUUUCUCUAUGCUUGUGAUUUCGG